AUUUCAACCACAGCGAUUUCCCAAUUGAGGGGCAACAGAGUUCAACCCGCAAAUGCAGGAACACCGGAAAUAAUAACUAAACCAACGAAUGAGAAAUGGUGUAAGCUACCAGAACGAAGAGACAUUUUUUUCCGAAUAAACGUGUGACCGUUGCAAUGAGAAGAGCAAAGCAUGUCACGGAAGCUGUUCUAUGCUGUGUGAUUCUACUCGUAAUCCACAGGAAUUCAGAAAGUAUACAGGUGAUUGGAGGAAGCAGGACUGUGGUACAGGGAGAGGACGUGGACUUAUCCUGCAGACUGCUAGAGACAGAUGAGGAGCUUGAACAGAUAACAUGGCAGAAAAGGACUCUGGAAGAACCAGAGAACCAUAAUUUCUUGCUUAUUUAUCCCAGUGGGGUUACUGACUUUAUUUCACCGAAUGGAUUGGAAAAUAGAGUCCAGUUUUUUGGGAACCAGACAGAAAACAUUGGUUCUAUUCGAAUAACUGCUGCCAGACUGUUGGAUGAAGGCACCUUCACAUGCGUCUUCAGUGUUUUCCCAAGUGGAGUAUACAGUAUAGAGAUACCUCUUACUGUGCUAGUACCUCCAGUGAUGAGUGUUACAGUCGAUGUCCCUCCUGUCAUUGGAGAGAAUGAGGUUGUCUUGGCAUCCUGUUUGGCUGCUGGUGCCAAGCCACAGGCAGAAGUGAGGUGGAACACUGAUGCAUUCGGCAGUUUGGUGAGGACGGUGACCAACUCCACCCAGCACGCCAACGGCACCACCACGGUUGUCAGCCACCUGCUCGGGGUGCCAACCAGAGCAGCCAAUCAGCAGCAGGUUCCGUGUGUGGUCAACCAGUCUGCCCUGGCAACAGAGAGGACCCUGGCCUACACAAUCAACAUCAACUAUCCACCUCAGACAGUGAACAUUACUCUUAGUGAGGCCAGCCCAGCCACAGUGUUCCUAUGUGUAGCAGACAGCAACCCAAAAGCCAUCUACACCUGGACCAGAUACCUCUGCUGCCUGUUGGGUUCUACUUGUCAUUAUAUUUCUGAUUGUUGCUGCUGCUGCUGGACUCGUAUGGUACCGGUGGAAAAAUGGAAAAUGUCUUUGGAGUUCAUUCAUGGGCGAUCACCAGUUCGAGGCACAAUCACAGGUUGAGGAAGAGGAAGCUGAGAUGUAAACCAAGAGGGCAUAUAAGGAAGAAGUAUCAUAAGGUAGGGUACAUAUCCUUUUAUUCUUUCUUUUGAAAACACAUUUGAAAUAUUAUUCCCCCUAAAAAAAUGUAUAGGUCUAUUGUGUUAGCUUGAAGAAGUCGCCAGACAGGCUGAGAGCAAAUGCCAGUCUUAGACGUGUAGGCUCGGCCCUAAUUUAUGUGUUCUCUGUCAAAUGGUCCAGGAACACAAGGAAAGGACAAUUCCCAAGGACUAGUCAGCCCUUCCCCUUUUGAGGGUCCAACAUGUAUCUCUGUUACAGUAUCCAGAGGACUGACUAUUGAAUGUGUGAUAGAUAGUAUGUAAUUAUUCUAUCUAAAACUUCUUCACUGAGGAUAACUUUCAUGUUAUCUAUGUGGCUGUAUGUUCUCUUGUGGUCACUUGUAUCUGUACAGGGUUAACUUUUCAUUUUUUUAUUUAUUUAACUAGGCAAAUCAGUUAAGAACAAAUUCUUAUUUUCAAUGACGGCCUAGGAACAGUGGGUUCACUGUACCAGACCACUGUUCCUAGGCCGUCAUUGAAAAUAAGAAUUUGUUCUUAACUGAUUUGCCUAGUUAAAGGGGGCAGAAUGACAGAUUUGUACCUUGUCAGCUCGGGGAUUUGAACUUCAAACCUUCUGGUUACUAGUCCAAUGCUUUAACCACCAGGCUACCCUGCCGCCCCCAUGCAUAGAGUUGUGUGGUCCUCUCAGAAAUUCUGUCUUAUUUACAUUGGUCUCAGAUUGGUCUUAGAUGCUGUGACACCCUGUUGAGAUUGGUCACUGGUGGUCAGGUUACACUGUGAACUUGGUAUUGUUUGAUUGGUCGGUGGUUUUGGGUUGACAAGGUUACACCUUCAGAUGUUAUAAAUGUUCUCUCUUAUCCUGUUGAUGAGGGAAGGUUGUAUGAUCAAUUCUCAUUUCUUAGGCUUCAAGGCAUCUCCAUGUUAGCAUCACCUACUGGUAUGGCUACUGCUCAGCAUACGACCGCAAGGCGCUUCAGAGGGUAGUGCGUACGGACCAAUACAUCACUGGGCCCAAGCUUUCUCCUAUCCAGGACUGAUAUACCAGACGGUGUCAGAGGAAGGCCCUAAAAAUUCUAAGACUCCAUCCAUCCCAGACAUAGUAUGUUCUCUCUGCUACCGCACGGCAAGCUGUACCAGACCACAAGUAUAGGUCCAAAAGACUCCUUAACAGCUUCUAUACAAAUCCAUAAGACUCCUUUUUUUUACACUUCAACAAGUUACUGAGUAAAGGGUCUGAAUACUUAUGUAAAUGUGAUAUUUCAGAUUGUUUUUAAUACAUUUGCAAAAAAAUUAUAAACGCCUGUUUUUGCUUUUUUAACAUGGUUGUGUGUGUGUGUGUGUGUGUGUGUGUGUGUGUGUGUGUGUGUGUGUGUGUGUGUGUGUGUGUGUGUGUGUGUGUGUGUGUGU